GCAGAGAACAGCGCAGACAUGAGAGAGCAGGAUGGCAUUGAAAUGCUAAAUAUAGCUUCACUGAAAAUAGGAUGCGUGUGAUACUUAUGCUGAAAAUUGACGAAGAGGAGGGGACAAGUGGAAACAGAGAAUAAAAAAAAAUAAAUGGCAUUCAGAAGGAUAUGUGAAAGGGCAAAAAGGAGUGAUAAGAGUAAGCCUGUGAAGUUAUUACUAGGGACCCUCAGAGCCAAAUUUGCAAAGUGCUGAUGCAGGGAAUUGCAGGUAUUAGCUGCUGUUCAUGGCAGGAGCAGUAGGAGGGAGUGGAGACUCGUGGGAGCCCUUGUAUCCCCGUGCAAUGCUGUAAAGCUGGAUAAAUCUCAGGGCUUGGAACAGAUGAGCAGAGCUAGUCAGAUAUCAUCAUCAAAAGAAGAAAAAACACGGAAGAGAAACGCACCAUCAGUUCUAUAUGGAAAGUCAUAAGUUUUGAUGCUCCACAGAAAAAAGAAAGUAUGUAUGGACAGCAUGGUCAUACAGCUGCACUGCAGGAGAUAGAAUAUCCUACAUGUAUCUAAAUUAAUAUUUUGUAUCAACGCAAAGAGCUCCAUGACAGUUCUGGCAACAUCAACGUAUAUUUUAUGAAAUACAAUGGGUGUUUCUGCCCUGAAGUCUGGUGCUUGUGCUUCUUUGGCCACAGUAAAGGAGGUUCAGGGCUCUCAUCCAACUGUCUACCUGGAUUUCUAAACAGAAUUUGAUAAAUGCAAACUUUAUAUGACAGAUUAUACCUGGGUCUCCAAGAUAGUGUAUAUUAGCUUUGCUACCCAACAUGAAAAACAUCAGAAAAUAUAAUGAUCUUCAUCCUUUGUCUUGGAUUUAUCACCCAGUGGAUUAAUAUUUUAAGGAGCGUAUAAAAAUAUCCAGAUCAUCUUUUGUGAUUACGUUGAAAUGAAAUCCAGAAUUAUUUCUCCCCCGAACAAAGAGAACCAGACUCUGGAGGUAAAAAAUAAAAAGACAUAAGACACCUCAUACUUACUCUGGAGUACAUUCAGGUAUGGGCACAAGUAGGAUAAAUAACUAUAGCAUAGUGUCCUCUGAUGAGGAGAGAUUGAGGAUGACCACGAUGGCUGGGGUCAAUGGCUUUGGCAAUGGGAAAAUUCAUACUAGAAGGAAAUGCAGAAACAGAUUUGUAAAGAAGAACGGCCAAUGCAAUGUUCAGUUUGCAAAUAUGGAUGAAAAGUCCCAGCGGUACAUUGCAGACAUGUUCACCACUUGUGUCGAUAUUCGCUGGAGAUACAUGCUGAUUAUUUUCUGCCUUGCAUUCCUCGCAUCUUGGCUACUCUUUGGACUGAUUUUUUGGCUGAUUGCUUUUGUUCAUGGAGACUUAGAAAAUCCAUCAGGUGAUACAGAUUUCAAGCCAUGUGUUGUUCAAGUCAAUGGCUUCAUGGCUGCAUUCCUUUUCUCUAUUGAGACACAAACUACUAUUGGAUAUGGUUUCCGCUGUGUGACAGAAGAAUGUCCUCUAGCAGUUUUCAUGGUUGUGAUUCAGUCCAUUGUUGGCUGUAUAAUAGACUCCUUUAUGAUUGGGGCCAUAAUGGCAAAAAUGGCUAGACCUAAAAAAAGAGCCCAAACAUUACUCUUCAGCCACAAUGGAGUGAUUGCUAUGAGAGAUGGAAAGCUAAGCUUGAUGUGGAGAGUUGGGAAUCUUAGGAAAAGCCAUAUAGUGGAAGCUCAUGUGAGGGCUCAGCUCAUAAAGAAUAGAAUAACUGAGGAAGGUGAAUAUAUCCCUCUUGAUCAAAUUGAUAUGAAUGUUGGAUUUGAUAAAGGAUUAGAUCGGAUCUUUUUGGUGUCUCCUAUCACAAUAGUUCAUGACAUAGAUGAGGAGAGCCCUCUAUUUGGGAUUAACAAGCAAGACCUAGAGACCUCUGAUUUUGAAAUAAUUGUCAUACUGGAGGGUAUGGUAGAAGCUACAGCAAUGACAACCCAAGCUCGGAGCUCAUAUUUAGCUAAUGAGAUCAUGUGGGGUCAACGGUUUGAACCUGUCCUGUUUGAGGAGAAAAACCAAUACAGAGUGGACUAUUCUCACUUCCACAAAACAUAUGAAGUUCCAUCAACUCCACGAUGCAGUGCAAAGGAUUUGGUGGAGAACAAAUUCAUAAUCCCCAGUACCAACUCCUUUUGUUAUGAGAAUGAGCUGGCCUUCAUAAGCCGAGAUGAAGAUGAGGAGGAAGAUGACGAUAGCAGCACACAAGAUUUUAACAGACUUCAUACAGACCAGUAUUCAUUCCGAAGAGAGUCUGAAAUAUGAGACUGGAAUAACACCUUUAUUACACUAAUUUUUAAUUUCAUCACUCUGUAACACAAGCAGAUCAAUGCCAUCGAAAAAUAUAUAAAUCAUUUAAUUACUUUGUUAAAUGACCUAUUUUUAAAAACAUGUACAAUGGCUGACUCAAUAAUUGAGGUUGAUAAAGUUGUUACAGCAUGUCUGUUAUAUUUAUAAAAGACUAAAGUACAGGUAUUAUUUGGAAAAAUAAUAUAUAAACAUUCAAUACUUAUGUCAGUCAAUACACUGAAAAGUAUAUAUUAUUUGAUAAUGAAUACCUGUAUUAGGGCAAGAUAUGCAAUAGCGACCAGUUUCAAGUGUUAAGAUGAGGUCUUAGUUUGCUAGCUUUCCCGAUGAAAAGAAAACAUUGUAUACAAAAGAAUGCAAUGGUGAAAACAUCAAUAAACUAUAUACAGAUAUGGGACCUGUUAUCCAGAAUGCUAGGGGCCUGGGGUUUUCUGGAUAAUGGAUCUUUCUG